AUGAAGUUCGCCCUCUUCGCCAGCGCUCUCUUCGCGGCCGCCGGCCUCGCCAGCCCCGUCGACAAGCACCUGAUCUUAUAUACCUAUGAGUCUGGUCAGGACUUUGUUGACCGUGACUUCCAGGUCCGCAGUAUCAUUAAGGCGGCCACGGGUACGGAGGACUGGAUCUGCACCCGAGCCUUGCCCCCGACCUGCUACCCUCCGUAAGUCUCCAUUGGGGUUUCCCCAAGAUCUGGCGUGUUUCCCCCAUUUGAUUCAUUGCAUGGCUGGAAAAUUUAUGCUGACUGCGCGCGACGCGCCUGACGUAGGCCCCUGGAGACGAACGUCAUUGAGCAGCUCGAGACAUUGCCCGGCGUCAUCGUCCAGUUCAUUGCCCGUGAGUGAUCAAUGUUCUCAUGAGCCAUGUACGCUGCGCACGCAGCCUUGGAGGAGGAGAAGGAGGAGGAUGGGGUUCCACGGUGAAUCGUUUGAGACGCAGGCUCCCCUAGCGCGGGACUAUGUCGCAGCAAAGAUAGCAGGCCACCGUGAAAUAUAUGCACAAGUGAACGGA